AUGUCAAAACUCAACCCUCUCCACUGGUCGCGGAAAUGGCAAAUCAUCGGAGGUGUCGGCGCGACAGUCAUUCUCGUUGCGGUAAUCGUAGGCGCAGUCGAAGGCACAAAAUCAUCAGAUUCGACUUCGUACCCGGACUAUACUGCAUUGAACUACACAAUCUCGGAGCGCAUGAACGGGACCACGUUCUUUGACCACUUCGACUACUACACCGCCGCCGAUCCGAGCAGUGGCAACGUCGUGUAUCUAUCCGAGGAGCAAUCGACAUACAGCAAUCUCACGUAUGCUGGAUCAUCGUCAGCCAUCCUCAGAGUCGACGAUACGAGCACAGGAAUCACGAACAGAAACUCUGUGCGCAUCACCUCCAAGAAUCAGUGGGAUACUGGACUAUUCGUUUUCGAUAUCAUUCAUUCACCGUAUGGCUGUGGCACUUGGCCUGCUGUGUGGCUCAGUGACCCAAACAAUUGGCCCGAGCACGGAGAGAUUGAUGUUAUCGAGGCUGUCGAGCAGGGCAACAAGGGAAACCAGAUGACGUUGCAUACAUCGAAAGGGUGCACCAUGAAGACGAAGCGCGAAGAGACUGGCACAGUAUCCGGCACAAACUGCUGGAACUCGACAAACGAGAAUGAAGGAUGUGGUGUCUUUGGCCCCAAGGACACUUACGGAGCAACUUUGAAUGAAAACGGUGGUGCACUUUACGCCAUGGAACUGCGCGACGCCGGCAUUCGUAUGUGGUGGUUCGACCGUGACUCCAUCCCCUCAGAUUUGGUCGCUUCCAACGACUCUUCGCCUGACCCGUCAACAUGGGGUACCCCUGUCGCCGACUUCCCCAGCACUGAUUGCGACAUAUCUUCGCACUUCAAGAACCAAUCCAUCAUUGCGAACAUCGAUCUGUGUGGUAGCUGGGCUGGUGCUACCAGUGUCUACUCUACCGAGUACGGUUGUCCAGGCACUUGUGCAGACCUUGUAAAGAACAACGCGACUGCGUUUGAGAAUGCCUAUUGGGAGUUUGGAAGCUUCCGAGUGUGGACAUCAUUUUAA